CCUGCUCAGAGGAGGAGGGAGUCGGCGUCCGGGAAGAACCUGCACAUCUGGCGCUCGGAGAGCGCCAUCUAGGAGCGCCUGGGCGCUGGGCCGACUCCUGUCCGGGUUGGGCGGGGGACAUUGGGGUUUCCAACCUGAGUUUCGAACUAGCCAGCCCGAAGGUGUCCCCUUUGUCUCCCCUUUGCGGAGGAGGGACUGCGGGAGGGAAGGGGGACAACUUCAGCCCGAGGCAGGGAGGAAAAGGUAGAAACUAACUUUCCGGGCUUCUGUUUGCCUGUCUGUAAAAUAGGCAGAGCAAUGGUAAACUUGUCCCAUAAAGUUGUGAGGAUUAAGACAGUUCGUUUACAGAGCAGUUCUUGGCUUACAGGUGGUGCUCAGUGUAAGCUUGUAUUAUCGUUUGUCGGAUGGGGAGCGUGAGUUUCCGGAACAGAAGGAAGGUUGGCACAGGUAGGAUCUGACCCAGGCAGUCUGCCUCCAGGACUGGAGGUGUGGUUAGGUUCUGUGGGACCACUGACUUGGAAUCCAGGAUUUUUCAAGUACUGUCUGAAACACCCCUCCCCCAACAUCCUAUUCUCCCAUUUUGAAGAAACUAAGGUUCAGAGAGGUUGAGUGACAGGCUUCAGGUCACACAGCCUUUUUUAGGAGACCGUGCAGGGACAUUUUGCACCUUGGGUUUCUCACUUCCAGCGCCUUGACUGCCAGGUUACCCUCGUCCCCUGCCUGCUUUGGCUUUUGCUACUGUGGGGGCAGAAGACCCUGGACCUUGGGCUUCUGCCUCACUUGGGGCCCGAGGGACAUGAGCAUUGGUGGCCAAGGACACAGGGCAAGAGGGCAAGUGAGCUUUGAACUCCAGUUGUGUACCCAACCCAGAUAGGGAAGGUGGGCAAAUCAUGCCUGUUUUACAGAUGAGGAAACUGAGGUGCAGAGAGGUGCAGAGAAGAAAUGCCUUGUGCCCACAGUCCCUCAGCCAUCGAAAGAGUGGGGCUUCACCACAUACAAGUUCCCUCUUCCUCCGGAUCACCCUGGCUGCCCACCUUUCAAGGCUUUAAGAGCUGCUUUGGGGUUUGUUUUUUUAAAUUAUGUGACCUCUCUUUGGUACCACCUUCAGGCAGAUGUUUCAGGAGAGGGGUUUGAAGUGAAAAGAGGGCUGAUGCUGAGGUUGGGGUGUCCACACAGAGGAGACCAAGAACCAUGCUUGGGGGUCAGAGCUUCACUCUUCAGGAGGCUUGAGUCCCAACUUGGGUGCCAAUUUGCCGCUGUAACCUCAGCCAAGUUCCCUCCCGGUUCUGGCCUUUACCUACUGUGCUGUGAAAAGGAUGUGUUUCCCGUGUCCAGGUAACGUCUCAGGUCAGAAGUUGGAAGUGCUUGGGAGAUGAACAGCAGUGAAAUAGUAUUCAGGCGAGGCGUACACUGUGCAGCCCCCAACCUAUAGAGAAGGGGAAGCCCAGGGAGGUUACGAGAUCUACCGGAUACCCCCUGAAAGGUUUUUACUCACAGUACUUCCGACACCAAACGAGUGGGUUUUUUUUUUUCCCCCACACUAACCAGUUUUCCAACUGCAGACACCAACUGGGUAUCCUACAAUUCAAUUCUGACACUCUACCUGGAGUUAGCACGGACCACACAGGUGAAGAGUUCAAAACUGCCCCACUUCAGAUGCCGAUCACAGGUCCCAGGUUGCCACCUGUGCUUCUUUUUAUUAAAAAAAUUAUUUAAUUUAUUUUUGACCCUGGGCGGCAUGGACAUGCAGGGAUUAGUUCCCCCACCAGGGAUCGAACCGGUGACCCCUGCAGUGAAAGCGCUGAGUCUUAACCACUCCGCGGGAAUUCCGCCCCACCCCCACCCCGGUACUUCUUAAAGACUGGCUAUAAACCCGAGGGUUCCCACCAACCCCUCCUUAGCUUCAAUAAUUUGCUAUAACAGUUCACAGAGCCCAGGAAAGCACUUGACUCACUCACUCUAGUUUAUUUUAAAGAAUACAACUUAGGGGCAACCAAAUGGAAGAGAUGCAUAGGGCAAGGUAUGGGGGAAGGGCAAAUGGGGGAAGGGCGAGGAACUUCCAUGCCCUCUCUGGGCACCUCAUCUUCCCAGCACCCCAUGAGGUCACCAAUGCUUGGGCAGGAUUGAUGAAAUCCCUGGCGUUUGGUGAUUAACUCAAUAUCCAGCCUGUCUCCCUUCCCAGGAGGUCUAGGAGGUGCGGCAGAAAGUUACAACCCUCUAAUCAUGCCUUGAUCUUUUUGGAGACCAGCCCCCAUCCUGAAGCUAUCUAAGGGCCCUGACCACACCACUCUGGAGUUUACAGAAGUUUUAGGAGCUGUGUGCUAGGAACCAGGGACAAAGAUCCUGCUAAAUGAUUGCAGCACGGGGGCUCAAACCCAAGCCUUUUACCUGCCUAAAAGGAGCCUUGGGGCUAGGUGGAGGCCUUGUCUUUUCACUAGCAUGUGACCUGAAGGGCUUUUUGGAAACCAUAGAUCUGGCCCCUACUUGCCACUUUUCUGGAAAAAAGGCCUUGACUGCACCUGGCCCUGGGCAGGUCAGUGUCUCUUUCCAGGCAGCUCCCCACCGGAACUAUUUCCCGUCCUUCUGGCCUCGGGACCUUGGCACAGCUGCAAGCCUGAUACCCCUCUUCCCUCAGCCACCCAGCUGAGCUUCACCUCUCAAGCUCUGCUGCAGAUGCCCUUAUUGGGCUCCAUAGUGGAAGCUCUGUGCUUCCACUAUUAUUGCCCUGAUCACCCUGGAUUUGUGUUUGGCUCACUCAGGUCAUGGAUGGGAACUGUCCUGGUCACUGCUGAAACAAAGGACAUAAGUCUUGUCCAACUCCCAUAUCCCUAGUUUUGCCCAAAGCCACACCCACCGUGUGGAGAAGACAGAGGAUCUUUGCAGAGGGAGGCUGGGCGUCCCUGUUGGCCUCUUGCUCUGAUGCCCCCCAGUGGCUCCCCAGGGAGGCCAGGCAGAGGCCUCUGGGCCAGGCUGUGUGGCUUUGGCAGGACACUGCUGAGCUGAGGCCAAAGAGUGUCAGCCGUGGCCCAGCCAGCAGUGAUUCACACGAGGCCUUGGCCCAGCCCCAGGAGGUGACCGGGGAUGGUGGCCUCACUUCCCCUUCCAGGACUGUGGCUCGGGGUCAGUGCCCAUUUUUGCCAGGCAGUGGGAAGAUCCCAAGGGGCCUUGGGCCUGCCACUACCCUAAGGAGCCCCCAUCCUCAAAGCCAGACACUCUAAACCCUUUAGGAUGUAAGUCAGAGCACAAGAGCCAUGGCUUACCCCUCACCUUCUCAACAAAACCCAAACUCCUAUAUAGUCCUCUCUGAAGCCUUACCUAUACAGUCACCCUCCCUGCCCUCUUCUCCCUCCCUCCAAUGACUUUAGCCUCCCCCAUAUUCCCUAAACAUGCCCAGCUUGUUCCCACCGCAGGGCCUUUGCAUAUGCUUUGCUGUCCACCUGGGAUGCCCUUCCCACAGCACACCCCCAGCCAACUCUUUUUCUCUCUCUGUGGGGCUCAGCCCAUCCCACCCCCACUUUGGUUCCGUCGUAACAGUUUCACACCCCUAGAUUAUUUGAGUUGUUUGUGUCCCCAGGUCCAGAUCAGGUCCCAGCACAAAGUAAGUGCUCAGCAAAGACCCAAGGGAUGAGACUGAGGCCACCUCCAGACACAUGGAGGGGGAGAUUUUGGGGUCCCCUCUGUGCUCAGAGCCCUAACUUUCUACUCAGGAUGGGCAGGCAAGAUGUAGCAAUCACCAUGCCCUCAACCCUGACCCUGACCUGGGUCCUGCCCCCUCCCCCACCCUACUGAGUCAGCCUUCUAAUACCCCCUCCCCCCAGGAGAUGGGAUUGGCCAGGAACCUGGCUGUGAGUCACAAAGCCACUGUGGCACCAGUGCCCCAAGGCCCGCCGGCUGCCUGGUGGGUUCAGCUUCAAAGGCAGGUCUGUGACCCUCCAAGGUAUGAAGUCUGACUGGUCCAGCCAGAAGGGGGUACUUCUGCAAAGCAGAGCUGAGCCGCCUAGGAACCAAGACAAUGCAGCAAGCAACACAGCUACAGGUGUCACCCAGUGGGCAGAGCUCCUAUCAGCCGUCCCCAACCUUCAAGACAAAGUGGGGACACUGCGUCUGCAGCUACAGGUGUCACCCAGUGGGAAGAGCUCCUAUCAGCCCGUCCCCAGUCUCCAAGGCAAAGCAGGGACACUGCAUCCACAGCCCCGGCAUGAGCCACCUGCAUCCAAGGAGACCCUUCUGCAACAGCCAGACAAGGACAAGACGGUGGCUCAUCAUAUCCCAUGCCUCCGGGCUGUGGUGGAGAGCCAGGCCUUCAAGAAUGUCCUGGUGGACGAAAUGGACAUGAUGCUGUCCCAUGCAGCCACCCUCAUCCAAGCCAACUGGAGGGGCUACCGGCUCCGGCAGAAGCUAAUCUCUCAGAUAAUGGUGACCAAGGCCAUCCAGGAGGCCUGGCGACGCUUCAACACCAGGUGCCUCCUCCAGUCUGGCAAGACGGUGGAGAAAAAAGCGAAGGUGGAGGAGGGGGACAUCCCUUACCACUCGCCCCAGCAGGUGCGGUUCCAGCAUCUGGAAGAGGGCAAGUCCCUUCUGGCCCAGCCCACCUUGGUGAGCAAGGAGACCCAGUUUCCUUCCUCCAACGGCCUGGCCGCUUGUACCCACCAGCUGGCCUUGCUGCAGUCCCAGGGCAUGUCACAGCCGGGUACGUGCUCUGUCGGAGGCCCCAGCGUCGCCUUCCUUCCACACCAGACCGCUGCCAUCAGACUUCCGUGUCCUGUGAGUCCAGAGGCGAAGUGCCGCCCAUGCCUGCUGACAAGAACUGUCAGAAAUGCCUGCCUUGUCCACGGAGAGGGGGACACGAUGAAGACCAAGCAAGUAACCGCCAAAGCUAACAAGGCAGGAGCCCCGGGGCCACCACCAUCCGGAAGAUGUGCCCAGGCAGUUCAAGGACAGCUCAAGAGCCAGACCCAGGCCCACAUGGAAGCAGAGGUCCUCGAAGGGCCACCACAGACAGGCCCAGCACCUAUGAUAACCAAGACCCCAGCCCAGACGUGCCCACAAGCCACAGUGACCAAGACCCCACUCCAGUCAUGCCUAGCGGCCACGAUGAACAAGAUCCAAUCCCAGCCGUGCCCAGUGCCCGCGAUAACAAUAACCAAAACCCCACCCCAGCCCUGCCCAGCGACCCCGGUGACCAAGACCUCAGUUCAAAUGAGACCAUCAGCCUCGAUGACCAACACUUCACCCCGGACACGACCAGCAGCCAUGAUGGCCAAGACUCCACCCCAGUUAUGCCUGUUGCCCUCAAUGUUCAAGUCUCCAACGCAGACACGCCCUGCAGCCACGAUGACCAAGACCCCAUCUCAUCAGACACUCCAAGGCGUCUCGGUGACCAAAGGUCCUCCUGCCCAGACACGCCUGGCGGCCAUGGUAACCAAGACCCCAGCUCAGUUACGCUCGGUAGCCGCCAUCCUCAGGACCCUGUGCCUGCCCCCUCCAGCAGCUGGAAAUCUCAAACCUCCAUCUUCAGCAUUGGCGGCAGCUGGAAUUCCCGACACCUCAUCCCACACGUGUCUAAGUGGACCAAAGGCCAAGGCUGUGGUGAACGCGAGGCAGGCAGCAGGGGUGACCACGGUCUCACCCCACUCGUACUUGACUAAGGGAAAAAUGAAAUGCUUCCCCCCAUCACAUCUGGGGGCUGGGGAUCCCAAGGCUACAGCCAGGCCUCCUUCGGAAGGUGAGAAAAUCAAGGACUUCUCCCAGAAACGGGUGAAAACAGAAACAGCACCUAACAUCAGUGAGGCCAUGGAAGUGCCCGUGGUUUCGUCCUGGUCAAAAGUGGCGGAGGACGGGAGCAAGCAGGCACACCUGAGGACGGAUGUCGUGAAGGCCCUAUCCCAGGGUCCUGAGGACAAUGGCGUGUCUGGCAGCCAAGUGUGGAACUCUGCCGUCCCCAGUGUAGCGGUCGGGCCCAGAAACGGCACUGCGGCCCCUGGUGGCGCGUGGGAUGUCAUGGUGGCAGUGGAUCCCAGACAGCCGGGGGAGCUGGUGACGUCGUCGGCGCAGGCUGUGGAGGAGAUAAUCAUCCAUGCGGUGGUCAUCAUCCAGGCGUGUACACGUGGCUUCCUGGUGCGCCGUACCAUCAAGGUGUGGCAUCAGUGGGCCAUCACCAUCCAGGCUGCCUGGCGUGGCUACCGUGCACGGCGGGACCUGGCCCGGCUCUGCAGAGCCGCCACAGUCAUCCAGGCUGCAUGGCGAGGCUUCUGCAUCCGCCGGAGCUGCACCCAGCAAAUGCUGCUCCCAGGCAUGUGGGCUGAGACGGGCAGCGGGGCCAGGACCACGUCUGAUCACCACUGCUUCCAGUCCUGCCACCCACGUGUCUGUAGUCUCUGCCAGUCACUGAGCUCCGGGCUGGGGAGCCCACCCAUCGUGGUGAUGCUUGUGGGUUCCAGCUCCCGCACAUGCCACAUAUGCGGCCAUACCCUGCCCACCCGGGUGCUGCAUGGCACGGGCCAGGGUGCUGCAGGCCAGGCCGGCAUGCCACGGGGCUGCAUCACCCGGUCAAACCCCCAGAGCCCCUGGCAACCCCAUCACCAGAGCAAGGCAGCCACGGCCAUCCAGUCAGCCUGGAGGGGCUUCGCUGUACGCUGCCAGCUGAAGCAGCAGCAGUUAGCAGCCAAGAUGCUUCAAGCCACCUGGCGCGGCCAUUGCACCCGGGCCUCUCUCACCACGGAUGCGCUCUUGGGACCAGCGGCGUGGGACAACUCACAGCACGUGCAAUGGCCAGGUGUCUAGGACCUUGGCUUACCAGUGGGGGAACACCAGGGGAGGAGCCAUGUGGCUCUUUGGUUCUAAUGAAUAAAGCCCUCCACAGUCUG